AUGAGCACUCUUAACAACGUUGCCUCCGUCGCCAACGAGAAGCAGGGCAGCUUCAAGCCUUCCAUCGCCCCCGAAGGUCCUAUGACUGACAAGGGCCACAAACCUGGUGUCAAAGUUAACGAGGCCGACCACCGUCCCGAACACCACCUCCAAGCCUUCCCUCCUGGCACAGCUCCCGCUAGCAACUCAUAUACCUCCAAUGUCAACGAUGUCGGUAGCCAGACGAACAACCCCGACAUGCCUUCCAGUCAGCGCACCUCUGCUGGCGACACUUUAGUGGGUGCCACCUCGCAAGACGUACACAGUGGCCUCGGUAAACCUCUACAAGGCCAGACUAAUGUUGAGCUGGCCCACGAUGGCGCACAUGGUCGCAAAAAGCAGCCUUCCGGCGUAGAGGGUGUGGGUGCCACUGCUAAGAACCAUGGCAUCGAGCGCCAAUUCCCCGACCAGCGCGGCAUUGAGAGAGAAGAGGCUCAAAGUGGUACUCGUGGCAAUAAGGCCGAUCGCGCCGCGGAAAAUAUGCUUCCUGAGGGUGCUGAGACUCUCGAUGCGGAGUGGAAGUAUGAGCCUACCACAAAGCGCAACAAAUAA